CAUAUGAAAUAUAUGUUCAUUGAACGAUGCCUUUAGUAUCUAGAAAUACAAUAACCACACAAUAAUCCAUUUAACAAACAGCAGUACAAGAGGCAGAUACAACAUGAUUGUCUAUAAGCUAUGUGCUCAUUAACAGACUGUGUUCAAAGGAUCGCAUCAUCAACAUACACCUUCUGCAAAUUUUUUUCGUAGCUGGUACCCUGUUUCAUAACAGAAGUUUGUUUCAUAGAGAAACCUACAAAGAUCUUCCUGAAUAAUUUGAACAGGCGAUGUACGCAACUGACUUGGAUAGACAUAAACAAAAAUGGUAUAGUCAACUCACAGACAUUCUAGUUCAGAAUGAGGAUACAGUCAUUGUAAAAAAACGAUAGAAAACCUUAACGUAUUUAAGUUAAACUAUGCACAUAAAUAAAAUUGAGAGUGGAAUAUAAACAAAAAUAUUUGUUUUAAAAUUUAAUUUCAAACUUCAACGCAAAAAUACAGUUUUCACAAAAUGACUGAAUUGGACAACAACAGAUCUAAAUCUUCUGUUGGCUAUUUUUUACUUGUUUUUGUUACCCUAGUUUUAAUGGCCUCGUUAUCUCUGUACGCUAUAGCCAGUGAUCAUUUCAACAAGAGAAGAAACAUUGCUGAACGGAAUACUGAGAAAUCUUAUAUUGUAGUAAAUACACAAACUGGAACAAUAAUUGAUGAGGACAACACAUAUGACAUAAAUGGUUUUAAUCAAUCAAUACAAUCAAUACAAGAGUCAAAGUUGAAAUGCUUUGGACAUGACUUUGAAAUUCUUAUUAAUGAGCACACACUCUGUGAGAAAUCGGAUGAUAUAGACAUUCUCAUUCUUAUAUCAAGUUCCCAAAAUCAGUUUAAUGAGAGACAGGCCAUUAGAAAAUCAUGGGGAUCCGAAUGUAACCGAAACGACACGACAAUAAAGUGCUUAUUUGUGAUCGGAAAUGAUCGGUUAACUUCGGGUGUUUUAACGAAGGAUUCCGGUUUACAGAAAGAAAGUACGUUAUAUAAAGAUAUUGUGCAAAUUGACUAUAUCGACUCAUAUGGGAAUUUAACAUACAAGACUGUGUUCAGUAUUUCAUGGGCCGCCAGAUAUUGCUCGUCAGCUAAGUACGUUAUGAAGACAGACACUGAUAUGUAUGUAAAUACGAAUCUACUCCCCUUUAUAACAAAGAAAGCACCAAAUACGUUCAUAGGUGGAUAUUGCUGGGGACCUUCGACCCCACACAGAAAUAGGAAUUCUAAAUGGUAUGUGUCGUUUAAAGGCUAUAAGGAGAACAAAUUCCCCCCAAUGUGUUCAGGAACUGGAUAUAUUAUCAGUAUGGACUUUGUCCUCACUAUUUUACAGACGUCUCAAUAUAUUCCAUUCUUUUAUCUUGAGGACGUGUACAUUGCAAUGUGCUUGAAGAAAAUGCGUGUUACGCCAAUCUAUUUACUUGGUUUUAACAAUAUGAAACCGCGCUUCAAACCAUGUUUUUAUAAGAAUGAUAUCAUUACAUCACAUGGUGUAAAACCAAGAGAACUGGUUACCUUUUGGAACCAGAUUAAGUCGUGUAAUGUUUCAAUUAUACCAGAAAAUGUCUACAAACCACGCCCAUUAUUGAGAGUUAAUUGA